UUAAAGUGGGGGUUUAUCAAAAAUGGCAAUUAAUAUAUUUAGGGUUCCUCUGUUUCGCCAUUCUUCUUGUGUAUCAUUAAAUUCUUUUUUACCACCUCUUUUUACCGCCUCUCCGCCAAUUUUACCACGUAGUAAAUUCACUGUUUCCGCUUCAAUUUCUUCACAAGAAUCGUUAAUUUCAUCUGAAAAUAAUUAUUACCCUUAUAAUAAUAUGAGUAAUAUUCGUUGGAAACCAAUGUGUUUGUAUUUUACCCAAGAUAAAUGCACCAUGAUGGAAGAUUCCACUCACUUACACAAAUUCAAUCAUGAUUUUAUUUUGGAGAAUGAUGGACUAAAUACUGCCGAGUACAAGAAUAAGCACUCCGGGCAUUUGGAUUACUUCCUCGUGCUUGAUUUGGAAGGGAAAGUUGAGAUUCUUGAAUUUCCUGUGUUAAUGAUUGAUGCCGAAACCACGGAUGUUGUAGCUUUCUUUCACAGGUUUGUUAGGCCUUCAGAAAUGAGUGAAGACAGAAUUAAUCAAUAUAUUGAAGGAAAGUAUGGAAAAUUUGGAGUUGACCGGGUUUGGCAUGAUACAGCUAUUCCAUUCAACGAAGUUAUAAUACAAUUUGAAGAAUGGAUGACAAAGCAUAAUUUGAGAAGCAAGGAGGUUGGUGGGCCACUUGACCGAGCUGCAUUUGUAACCUGUGGGAAUUGGGAUAUUAAAACAAAGAUACCCCAGCAAUGCAAAGUAUCAAAAAUGAAGCUGCCCUCAUACUUCAUGGAAUGGAUCAACUUGAAGGACAUAUACCUUAACUUUUACAAGAGAAGGGCUCCUGGAAUGCGUACAAUGAUGAAUGAAUUGAAGAUACCGAUGCUAGGAAGCCACCAUCUUGGCAUUGAUGACGCAAAGAACAUAGCCAGAGUGAUGCAGCGUAUGCUUGCAGAUGGAGCAGUUUUGAACAUUACUGCAAGACGGAGCCCUCUUGUUCCUGAAAGUGUCGAAUUCCUCUUUGAGAAUCGUAUCAAGUAGCUGUCCUGCAGAGGUCAUAUCUUCUUCAAGUGGCCAUCGAUUUUAGGGUAGGGAGGGUGUAAUAGGACUUUUGGUAGUUCUGCAAGUGUAAUAUAGCAUGUAGCUGUGUUGCAAAUAUGGGUGAACGUGUGAGAGCUGAGACGAAUCUGUUGUCGUUUUUGAACUUUGUGACAACUCUGUUGUCGUUUUAGAUAAACAUGUUCAUUGUUAUUUUGUUUUUUGAAAGCUACAGUUAUGGGAGGAAAAGUCACAAUAUGUUGACAUGAAA